GCGCUGUUCCUCCGCGGCUUCUUCCCGCUGCCCGUCCGGUCCCUGCCGCGCGGGGAGGCACGCGCAGAGCCUCCCGCCGAGCCGGCCCCGCCCGGCCCAGGAAUAGUUUCCAACUGGACCAAAAUUCCACCACCACUUUUCAAAAAAGUUGUCAUUGUCCUGAUAGAUGCUUUGAGAGAUGAUUUUGUCUUUGGAUCCAAAGGUAAACAGUUCAUGCCUUACACUACACAAGUUAUUGAAAAAGGGACAUCCUACAGUUUCAUUGCUGAAGCAAAGCCACCCACUGUGACUAUGCCUCGAAUUAAGGCUUUGAUGACGGGUAGCAUUCCUGGUUUCAUUGAUGUUGUUGUGAACCUCAACUCUCCAGCUCUAAUGAGUGACAAUCUAAUAUGGCAGGCAAAAGCAGCUGGGAAAAGAAUAAUCUUUUAUGGUGAUGAUACUUGGGUAAAAUUGUUUCCAAAGCAUUUUGUGGAAUAUGAUGGAACAACGUCCUUUUUUGUGUCAGAUUUUACAGAGGUUGAUGAUAAUGUUACUAGACAUUUGGAUAGAGUGUUGAAGAGAGAAGACUGGGAUCUCUUAAUAUUACAUUACCUCGGAUUGGACCAUAUUGGACAUAUGACUGGGCCAAACAGCCCACUAGUGGGACCAAAACUUCGUGAAAUGGACAAUGUCUUGAAGAAGAUUCAUAUUUCUCUUCUGUCAAAGGAAGGAGAGGCUUCUCUGCCCAGUUUGCUGGUUGUUUGUGGGGAUCACGGGAUGUCUGAAACAGGCAGUCACGGUGGUUCUUCAGAAGGUGAAGUGCACACACCGCUGCUAUUUAUCAGCUCUGCUUUUGAAAAGAGAAGUGGUCCUCUAACCCAACUUGAACUUGUGCAACAAACUGAUUUGGCUAGUACACUGGCAGUAGGUCUUGGUCUACCAAUUUCAAGAAACAAUGUUGGGAACAUUAUAUUACCAGUUGUGGGAAGCAAGACCAUGAGAGAACAACUACGUUUCUUACACAUGAAUGGGUUCCAGCUUAGCACACUGUUGCAAGAGAAUACACCUGCCUAUGAAAAAGAUCUUGGAUACGAGCAGUUUAAGAUAGCAGAAAAAUCCCAUGGUAAUUGGAUCAAACUGUACCUAGAGGGGAAUAAUUCAGAAAUACUCUUAAAUCUUGGCAAAAAGGUCCUGAAACAAUACUUGGAGGCCUUGAGGACGUUGAGUUCUUCGCUAAGCAAACAAGUGGCACAAUAUGAUAUGUAUUCAAUGAUGGUGGGGACUGUGAUCAUUAUGGAGGUUUUGCUCCUACUCUUCCUCAGUGUACCAAAAGCUCUGAGCAGUCGGGCAGAAUUUGAAGUGCCCCUCUCUCCUCCACUCUUCUCUCUGCUGUUUUACUUGAUGUGUCUGAUGCUGUGUGCAGUUCACGUCAUUGUAUGCACAUCAGCAGAAAGUUUAUGCUAUUUCUGCAGUAUGUCCUGGUUAACUGCAGUUGGAGUGAUGAUGCUGAUUUCUGCACUCAUGUGCGGUAUUUUAUCUGCCGUUGGAAAGACUCUUGAGAAUUCCAGACUUCCACUGAAGAAUCUUGGUGCAUCCAGUUCCAGCUGGUCUGAAGUAGAUGUGCUGAUCCUGGCUGGAACAAUUGGUCAUGUUUUGAGUUUGGGAGCAAGCAGUUUUAUUGAAGAAGAACAUCAAACUUGGUAUUUUCUUAUCAAUACCCUAUGUUUGGCUCUGUGUCAGGAACUCUGUAGAAAUCAUUUUCUUCUGAAAGAAUGUGACCUUCAGCUUGGCACCUCUAUGAAACAAAACUUUGACAGUAUUGGAGAAGCCCCAGAAUGCAAGAAUAUAGAUGUACAAGCAGCAAGUAAUUCAAAACUAGGCAAGGCUGCAUCUUCAGCUGAAUCUGUAAAAGGAUCAGAUAAGUGGAUAAGCUUAGCAAGUCCAUGGAUCAUUCUUAUUUGCUGUCGACUCCUUCGAUCCUUGAAUCAGACAGGGGUCCAGUGGGCUCAUCGGCCAGACUUUGGGCACUGGUUGACAAGUUCUGAGCAUAAGUCUGAACUCUCCGUCUUGGCUGCAGUUUCCCUACUUAUGAUCUUUGUUCUGGUUCAAAGAAGAUGCUCACUGGUUUCAAAAAUUGCUAUGGCACUUGGGCUCCUGGGAGUCUACAGUUACCGGGCAGCCAUUGGAAAUGUCGUAUUUCCAUGGCAACAUGACAGCAAAGAUAUUUCAAAGGGGAUUACUGAAGCUCGUUUUGUUUAUGUCUUUGUUCUUGGAAUAGUCUUCACUGGCACUAAAGAUUUGCUGAAGUCACAGGUUAUUUCUGCAGACUCCCGUAUGAAGAGUACAGGACUAUGGGAAGUGUAUAGUGGAUUAGUUCUACUGUCAGCCCUUCUAUUUAGACCACACAAUUUACCAGUCUUGGUAUUUUGUCUGUUGAUACAGACAAUGAUGACAAAAUACAUCUGGAGACCUUUGAAAUUUGAUGCAGCACAGAUCACCAUAAUGCACUACUGGUUUGGCCAGGCUUUCUUCUAUUUUCAGGGAAAUUCAAAUGGCAUUGCUACUGUGGAUGUUUCAGCAGGGUUUGUGGGACUAGAAAGCUACGUGGAGAUACCAGCAAUCUUCCUUACAGCAUUUGCAACAUAUGCAGGACCUUUGCUUUGGGCCAUUCAUCUUCUGUGCUACUUGAGUUCUGAAGUCAGCAGGAAUUCUGCAGCAGUGGGUCAUGGGUGUUUCUGCUAUGCGCUGAUGCGUUCCAUCCCAGUUGCCAUCUACAUCGUUUUGGUAACAGGCCUGCGGUACCACCUGUUCAUAUGGAGCGUCUUCUCACCAAAGCUGCUUUACGAGGGAGUGCAUGUGUUCAUCACAGCCGCUGUCUGCUUGUUCUUUACAGCCAUGGACCAGAACCACUCUCAGAAGGUGCAAGACUGAAAAUAAGUGUGUAGCACACAGUUCUGUACUGCAAUGCCUUGUGUGUCUCUGGAAUGGAAGGACGACAGUGGUUUCAAAUUGUUGUGCAGAGUGUGAAGAACAGUGUUGUGUAUUUUAGCCAGUUCCACAUAGGGCUUGAAGGGCUUGUCCCGUGUUACAGUUUGCUUUAAAAAUGCUGAAUUGAAAUAAACUGUUUUAACUUAUCAUAGAUAAUUCUGUUCCUUAGCUGUCAUUAUGACGAUGCCUGAAUAACUGAUUUGCAAUUAUCACAUGACAGUCAGUUUUGCUAUAUGCCAAAUAUCGAGUUGUAUUUUUAAUAUGUAACUUGGAAAGAUAUCUAACACUGAUUUUUUUUUCCCCAAUUCUUUAAUGAAUUUGGAGGCUAGAUUUAAAUGAACUUUCUUGAGUUUUAAAGAAAGAUACUCUCUUUGGUAAAAAGAUGAACACUAUGUCUCAUAUUAAGUCAUUCUUGAGCUUCUGGCUUUUUUUCAUCAGUUUUUAUGUCUGGCUCUUUUCACUGACUUGGAAGAUGAAGAAGCAAAAGUUCAUUAAAUGCUGCCCCCCCCCAAAUCUUGUAGCCUUAUAUAUGGGUUACGCUAACCCUAAAUCAGAAGUCUGUAUCUAUUUGUAAAUGUGAAUGUGGUUUCUUUUUUUCCAAGACACUGACAAUGAGAGAUUUUUGUUUCACAUAUCUAUAUAAUAAACAUGUAGGAAGAAGGCACUAGUAAAGGCAGUGAGUGUAGACAAAAAAACCCCAAAACACUAAGUGAUUUGAUCAUAGAAACUUGAAAAAAGGCCUAACUGUUCAAUGUUUUUGGUUUAAUUAAAAUAAUUGCAUACACAUAAAUGCAAUUUGAAUUUCAAAAGGUGGUUCUUGAUGUAGGUAUGAAGCAGCUGAUCACAGGCACUGAAAAAAUAUUUUGCACAUGUGAUUUCUUUUUUAGCUUCUUAGACUAUGGCAUCUUAAAAAUAUGCAAGAUGUCUUGUUGCUGUUCAACAGAGCUCAUUAGCCAUAAGUUUUGUUUUGUUCCUUGUGUAUCAAACAUAUAAUUAAAUAAUUCAUACAGA